CCCAUCUCUUACUCUGAAGAUCCAUUUUCUUCCUCAACCCCCCAAAACAAAAGAUGGCAACCGUCACGACUCAAGCUUCCGCCGCCGUUUUCCGGCCAUGCGCCUCCCGGUCGAGGUUCCUAUCUGGGUCUUCGAGUAAACUCCACCGCGAGCUGUCGGUUAAGCCCGUGGCCGCUUUGUCAUCUUCAUCCUUGAAGGUGGAAGCAAAGAAGGGAGAGUGGUUGCCAGGUCUGCCGUCUCCGGGAUACCUGAAUGGCAGUCUUCCGGGGGACAAUGGAUUCGAUCCACUGGGGCUGGCGGAGGACCCAGAGAACUUGCGGUGGUUCGUGCAGGCGGAGCUGGUGAACGGGCGGUGGGCGAUGCUGGGGGUGGCCGGAAUGCUGCUGCCGGAGGUGUUUACGAAGAUCGGAAUCAUAAACGCGCCGCAAUGGUACGACGCCGGAAAAGCAGAGUACUUCGCGUCGUCGUCGACCCUGUUCGUGAUCGAGUUCAUUCUGUUCCAUUACGUGGAAAUCAGGAGAUGGCAGGACAUCAAAAACCCAGGCAGCGUCAACCAAGACCCCAUUUUCAAGCAGUACAGUUUGCCCCCAAACGAAGUGGGCUACCCAGGCGGCAUUUUCAACCCUCUCAACUUCGCUCCCACUCUCGAGGCCAAGGAGAAGGAGAUCGCCAACGGGAGACUGGCAAUGUUGGCGUUCUUGGGGUUCAUAGUUCAACAUAAUGUGACUGGAAAGGGGCCGUUUGAGAACCUUUUGCAGCACAUUUCAGACCCGUGGCACAACACCAUUGUCCAGACCUUCGGUGGGAAUUAACUAAAUUGGUUUCCAAAUUGAAAUUGAAAUUGUUGUUAAGCAUUGCGAUGAACUGAAAUUCUUUUGAGAUGGAGUUUAGUGAAUGUUAGUGUACAGGGGUGGGGGGAUGAGGCUACCAUGUGGCUUCCAUGUUAUGAUGUUUAAAUGAGACAUUCCUUCACUUGAUAUAUGAGUUGGGUUUUGCUUAGUUUCAACAUUCA